ACCUGUAAUUGUUGUUUCCUUAUAGCUUCCGAAGAAGACAAGCGAGAACUUCGUAUUUUCACACCAGGUGUUGCCACGGCAUACUUGGGCAAAUCAUGGACGCAUAUUGAUGGUGUGCAACAUAUAAUUGCUCGAGACAAAGAUGGAAAGAAGGAUAGCCUUGACUACUGCAUUCCCAAAGCAGUAAUUAAUAAACAGCAGCUAGGAGCACAGACAAGUGUAUGGAAUCGGAAAAAAAUACGGACAACGCCCUUGGUCUCGGAACGUGGACUGGAAAUGAUGAUUCAGAACAUUGGAAGUAGGUACUCCACCUUGGAACGCAUUAAAUUCCCACGAGAAGCUGGAAAAAUCGCUGGAACGACAGCUAAAUUAGGUUGUUCGAUAGCAUGGACAGAACAUGGAGAUGCUUAUGCGUGGGGUUGUGACACUAGCGGUCAACUUGGCCUGGGAUUAAAGGAUGACGAUGAUAAGGUCGUGCCAACGCCACAAAAAAUAACGUCAGCGCAUUUGGAUGGGUACAAAAUUAUCUGUGCCUCAAUUUCUGACAAUCACUGUCUAUUCUUGGCCAAAAAAGCAUGA